AUGGUUCAUGCUCAAAAUUUUGAUAUUUCUCCAGCACAUACUCCUACAAGUAAUGGCACUGCUCUGGAUCAAGGAAUUGCUUACCUUCUUAUGAUGGUGGCUUUGGUGAUUACAUACAUAUUUCAUUGA